UUGAUUGUAUUUAAACUCAUUACACGAGAGCUUGACAACCCUGAGUAAGGCCCACACAGCAUAGAGUAUGGCAGCACCAGCACGUCGCAUUCGCUUUAGUUUAAUGGCGGACAGUAAUGAAAAAAGUGGGAGUGAUCUCUGUUUUACUUCUAUAUUAAAUAAUUCAAUAAAUUGAAUGUUUAAAUAAAUAACAAAAGCAAACUGUUCAGGCAAAUACAAAUUGCAGUGUUUUUAAAAAUGUCUAAACAUGUGUUAAGCGAUAAUCGAAGUGUAACAACAUAAAGUGCACAAACGAAAACAAAAAAAAAUCCACAGAAUACUGCGAAUUGGCAUAGACAGACAAUACGCGGAAGCAGUGUAAAAAGCAAAACAGAAACGAACUUUGUACACUGUUGCAAGUACACAAAACUGAAUAAUAAAUAAAAAAUAAUAAAAGACUCAAAAAUGUCUGCGCAACGUUUAAACGCAGCCGAAAAAGAACUAGAAAAAUACAUAAAAUCCCUUGCGUUCAAAUCAGCACAAGUUGUGGUGCAAUCUCGCCUUGGUGAGAAGAUACAAACACAGUGUAGUCCGCUGGGUGGCAACGAUUGGUUCAACAUUGUUGUACAGGAUCAUCCGGAUGUGCUGGACGAGACGAAACGUGCUCUAGCACUCAAGCCAGGUGAAAGCAUUUUGCAACGCCUGCCGCUGUGCGUUGAGAUUUCGUUAAGGACCAGCGAGGGCGAUAAAAUGAUGCUUGAGGUGUGGUCAUUGGAUUUGUUGCCAGUGGAUAGUAAUAAAGCAGCCGCUGGAGAAGACUGCAAGGGCGAAGGCUGCAACACAAACACCAUCAAUGAUAGUCAAACACUGAAAGCUUCCUCCCAUCAGCUUCACGUUAUUUACAAUCGCAUGAGCAUUAUGCUUAAAUCCCUUAUCUCACUCACACGUACGACGCCUGCUUAUAAGUUGUCGCGUCGACAAUGCCCGGAAUCAUAUGGCAUCUACUAUCGCGUCUAUGUGGAUCGACCGCAGGUGCACACACUAGGCGAGCGUCACAAACAGGUGAAGAUUGGGCAGCUCAACACGAUUCUGGGCUCGGUAAUCAUGUCGGUUGCCUAUCGCACCAAGCUGACCAUAUCACCCACAGCUGGCCACCAAGCUGCAUCGGCUGCUCAUCAGGCGCAACACAACAAUACCAUCAUGCUGAAGUCGGAUCACUUUCGGCCUGCCAGUGAUGCCAGCUCACCCGUACAUCAGAUGUCAUCGGUUAAGUUUGCAGUGGGCGUGGGUGGUGCGGGCCCUGGAACGGCUUCUGAUAAACGUUUCAUAGACAUUGAGAAACCGUUGCGUCCGGGUGCAUUUACAGAUUUGGGCAAGCUACGGCAAUUUACGGAGACUGAUUUUGUGCUGCCGGAAACGCCGCCGUUUGAGUGGAUGUUGCGUACGCGUCAUGAGAGCAAUGGCUGCGGUUCCAUCGAAUCGCUGAAUCGCAAAUGUGAAUCGCCAGUUCUUAACAAUAAUAACAACACAUACAACAUUAAUGGCAGUGGCAACAACGACAACCACAACCACAACAAUAACAACAACGUGACAGCAUUUAAGAGCUUUGAGAAAUCAACAGCUCCUUGUGCCGCAUCGCCUAUAAAGAGUCUACUAAUACCCGCCAGCAGUGCCACAUUGCGAAACAAUUCGGCGCCCAUGUUGCAAGAACAGGCAUCGUCAGCGUCACAGCUUCAGCAGCCACUGGAUGAUGACAGUCUGCUUAAGGAGCUACAUUUUCCUUUCGCCUCGCCCACAUCGCAUGUCAACGAUCUGGCGAAGUUCUAUCGGGAAUGCUAUCAUGCGCCACCAUUGCGUGGGCUUAGCGAACUGCAAGCGCCUAGUGCAACAAGCUGUGGUGCCACAGCGGCAGCAUCCGCAACAGCUGCGGCAGCUGCAUUAUCCAGCAAUGCAGCAGCUGGAAGCAUGGACGACUUAUCACGCCAAUUGGAACAGUUUGAGACGUCGCUAGAUGAUUACGAUAAGCUCGUCUCGCAAUUCGGACUGAGCGGCUCCUCGUCCACGGGCAGUCGCAGCAGUGGCGGCCUUCAGAUGAGCAACUGAACGUGAAGAGCUCGGGGGAGCGAGCGCAAUCAAAGAGCGAGUGAGAGAGUUAGCUUGAACUAGGGUCGUUUAAAUAAUAGCUCAUACUAGUUAUGUUUCAAUGAUAGGCUCAAGAUAAAUUGUUCCUUGUGCGAUCUAUAAAUUGUUUAUACUGACUAGGUUUUUAUGAUAUUAUUAUUAUCUUCAUGUCUCCAUUGCAUACAUAUAACAGACAAAAAAACAAAUAUUUACAUAUAGGCUAGUUGCAGGGGCUUCAGUUUUGUAUAGUUAUCAAGUGAGAAGCUCAUCACGUUUCACGUUUUCAGUGCACCGACUUACAUACGAACAUGAAAACACUUACAUACAUACAUACACACAUACGUACAUGUUAUUAGAUUGGGGCGUACUCGUCGCUUGUUGUUUAUUUCUCUCUUUGUUUAUGUGCCUUCAUAGAAUUUGAA